AUGGGGAUGGUGACACGGCAGUUGCAACGGCUCAUCGACGAUGUCCGGCGCACUGGGAGGCUCGAGAGCCUUGAGGCCGCUGCAGCUGCUAUACGGGAGAAUGUACACAGCUUUGGAACAUCAGUGCCCCCAGAUGUGCUGGUUGACUUCGCGGAGUGCACGUGCGCUCUCGGGCACUACGAUAAAGCAGUGGAAGCAAUCGAGGUGAGCCCCCAAACGAUAGACAUUGACAAACAAACGAUGGAGAGACGAGCCUCUCUGCCUGUGGAUGGGAAAAGGAUCGGUCUCACUAUGAUACGAAUCGGGUCCCCUCAACAUGUCGGAUAUCUCCUUCUUCAGCUGUACGAGACGACAGAGCCCGAGACUUCGCAGACGCUCGCCCGAGCAAAUCUGCUUCGUGCCGCAGUUGCAAACCAGUCAGUUGAACGAGUCGCCAAAGAGCGCGUUCAUUCUGGAAAACCAACCCAGCCUUCUCAGCCUAUAUCAGAUAUCGCAUGGAGAAUCAACUUGAUUCUCCAGUAUGCAAGUUGUCUAGAGGACGCAGGAAGAAUUGUCGACGCCUUCAAAGCCACAGACGACGCUGUAAAGCUCCUUGCCGAAGACGGGCCCGAUGUGGCGUCGAAAGCAGAAAUUCACACGGAACGGACGGUUUUUGAGUGGAAAGUUAUGAUGGCCCGAGUAACGCUGGCAAGGGGUUCAGAGCCGUUGGUGGCAGUGGUUCGAAAGGAGGCAGAGAAGCAUGUGUGGUCUCGGAUGCAAAUGACGGCUCUUUUCGCCUCACGUCUCCCGGUACCCGAGGCAGCAACGGGGCUCGCAAAAUCCUGGGCACUAGUCGAUCCGGACUUCUUUACAAUUUAUUCCAAAGCAUCUGGAGACUCCUGUGCGCAAGCCGACGGAGCACUUGAAACCGCUCUCGCGGGUUUGCCAGCUGUUACAGCGUCUGCUAACGAACAGCUAGCCGCGGGGCUCUUGGCCAGAACAGCAAUGGAGCUGAACUUGUGGUCCCUUGGAAGCCUCAUGGUCAAGCGACUAAAGCGCUGGAAAAAGCUCACGAGUCGAUGCACCUUGAUGCAAGAGCUGCUAGCAACAGAACUCGAUGUUUACCUCUCGGAGUGCGAACAGCAACCGGUGCCGGACCAGGCGGUAUCAGCAGAGGAAGAAGAGCGCCGCAUGGACGCAUCGAGGGCACGAAGGGUCCACGCUGUGAAAAUCAUCGAAGAGUGCCUAGUCACCGCUGAGCAAAAUCCGUUCUGCUCGGAUUUCCGAGAAGAGUGCUGUGUUAGCAUGUGGAACAUGGCCCGCCCCCUGCUUCUCGAGCCUUCCCGCAGUCUCGUCUAUCGAAGCCUUCACAGGGCUAGCGAGACGCUCGAGAACAUGGAGUCCUCUCUCGCCACUCUCAGAGUGAAUUUGCUCUACCAAGUGGCGCUCUGUGAGGCGCAGGAAGACCUCCCAGCUGUGGCAAAAGAGUCGAUUGCAAAGGCGCUCUCUAUCGAUUAUGACAGCUCGUCAGAUCCGUCCACAGUUUCCGCCUCAGUGGCUUCGGGAAAUACGGUUCAUCAGUGGGAUAGCUCGAGCCUACGAGAGCCCGCGGAGCGGCGGAGUUCACGAGGCUUGGAUCAAUACUUGAAGACUCUCUAUGAAUCCAUAAGGCCCCAAGUGGUUCUAGACGACGAGUUCGUCACCCUUGAUCAAAUGCAACUUCUUGUCGAUCGAAUCAAGUCGGACCUUUCACUCAGGAAUUACCUUCCCAAGAUUGAGACGCUGAAGGAUCAGGCGCUGGCGGAGCUUGCGGAAUCCGGAGAUAAACCGGCUAAUGAACUCCACGAUCCUGCAGAGGCAGAGAUUGCUCAGUGUGCUCGGGAGGAAAAGAUCGAUAGGCUCCUACGGCUCAUGAACCACGUUGCACAGCAGGCGUACAUGAAUGGCCAGUUUUCUGUGGCGGCCACCUUCAGCAAGAUGGUGUUGCGUCUCACAGAAAAUCGGAAGGACGAGCUCGCGCCCAUUCUUCGGGACGAAGAAGAGAAGGCUGCUGCGGAGCGCGCCGCAUCUGAGGCGCCACCGACAGUACGGCUGAUGGUGCCUGCCCAUAAUACGCAGACUGCCAUCGCGGUGGUCCAGUCAUGCUACACCUUGGCCCUCUGCUUGAGUCAGAUUCUCAAGACAGAGUACAAAGAGCUCCCCGGUGUCGAUGCUGGCACCGGGAAGGGGCCGGGCGCCUCAACGGAGAAUGAGGAGUUCUCGAUGGCAAACGCCGUCAGGCCGGCGGGACACAAGAAAGUCGCUGCAAAGGCAAUGAAAAUGAAACAAGACAUUGCUCAACUUCUGCUUGUAGGCACUCGCCUCAGCAAGGACUUCGAGCAAUUUUGGCUAGUAGCCAACGGCGCAAUCCACUUUUGGAACUUGCACAAGCACAUCUUGGAAAGCAGAGCGUUUGAUCGGACCAUGAACUUACCUUUGCUUGAGCACGUACAAGAACUCCAGAAAGAUCUUCUGGUCAAGCACGAAGUGUUUCCCGCCACAAAUAAGCUUCUCCUCCAGAACCUCACCCUUUUUCACACACAGCACGCCCUGGCGAUGUCGAAUCUAACCGCUGCUGAAGAAGCAGUCUCUCGAGCUCUCCCCUUCCUGGAUCGAAACGGCUGCAAGGACGCCGUGGCCUCUCUCUUUGAAGGUGGGGCAGCAGCCUGCACGAGUUCGCCGUGGAUAGAGCAGCUUUUGAAGACAAACGUCAGCAAUGACGCGUCUCUUGCGCCGACAUCGUCUCCUCUCAAAGCCGGCAAAGGAGCAAAACAAAAGGCCUCGCCGCCCAGCGCUCUCGCGGAACUGCCUUCGGACCUCAUGGGCGGGGAAAUCCGAGCUGUCAUUCUGAUGGAGCGGAUGUCCACGGAGACCGACUUGCAAGUGAAAGAAGGAUUGAUCACGCGGUGCUACGACAUGAUCCAAGCCAUGCCCGCCGAGACAGAGCUCGCGCGAGAGUUGCAAGCAGAGAUGAAGACCCGUCUCGCCGUCAGGACCUUCAGCGCGCCUUCCCUAUUUCUUCGCCUCUCGCUAGCCUUCGCCCUCGAGGCCGUCGGAGAGGACAGGCAGCACGUGCCGUACACGCUCGCGACCGCACUCAGCAGGCGCAAGCGGCUGUGGCUCGGCAUAAGCCACGCAGUUGCGGGGUUGAGCCUCUCCAGUCUCCAUUCAGACUGGUCCUGUCCGAAUGCGGCAAGUUGUCAGUCCCUCGCCCUGCUGCACUUGCUCCAAGCAUGCCAGUGCGCGAAGUCAACGAAGAAUCCUUCACUCGCGCUUUUGACUUGUCAGAGUCUGUGGAACGUGGUCGCGGCGCUGACUCGGGUCGAGGAGCUUCGACGGGAUGUGAUCAACGCGCUUCGGACGGCGUUGCCAAUCGUCGGCGUGGCGAAUCGUUCAGACGCACUGCCGACGCUUGUCAAAAUGUACCUCGCCCUUCUGUCGUGUUUGUGUGCGGAACGAGAGUGGAACGACGUCGUCGCCGUCGCUGACAAGGCCUUUCUGCAGCUCCCCAAGUAUGUCCACAGUCAGGUCUUGCGGCUUCAGCUCCUGGCGAUCAGCAAGAGGGAAAAACAUCCCUUUGAGGAGAUCCGCGAGAAAGCAGCGAGCGAGACUGCCUCAGAAGGAGAGCUGCUGCUCUUCUGUGCCCGGGCACUGCCGGCGGGCCACGCGGACGCAAAAAAACUGUACGCGAGGGCCAUAGAAGUCAUGGAGGGCUCCUCGGACAUCAAGGCUGCAGAGGCGCACCUCGAGCUCGCAAACCUGUUCCUGCUGGCCUCAGAGCCGUGGUCGGAGGUGGCCAAGCACAUCCACGCCGCCCUCGCUCUCGCCGACGAGGCUGACGACAUGCAGCGGCGCUGCAGCCUUCUCAAGACCUUUAGAGGCGACAAGGGCGGCUCAUCGGAUGGGAGGCAGACGAGCUACAUCCCCGAGCUCGGAUUCGACAUUUACCAACGUGCCAAGACACUGGCACUGGUGUCUACUCCAGUUGCGGAAGAAUUCCUGGCUGCUCUCUCUGACGCGACCAGCGCAAUAGUGGAGCGCUUUGCAAACUCAACAGAGAACGCUGGGACAGCCCCGGAGACCUUGGAAGAUACCCAACGUUGCUCGGCUGUCCAGAUGGAGCUUACAGAAGACAGAGGGAAUGCAGAUGUCUCAAACAAGACUGGCCAGGAGCUCGCCGAGAAAGUGCUCGACAUCAGAGACAUGGCAAAGACCCCGCAGGUGCACGGGGAUCGGCCGAUAUCGAGACACCCUCAUUCCGCUCCAGACUCGAGUACAGACCCUGGGGAAUCUCGGCUUUUCCACAACUCGCGCGAGCACAGGCGCUUCGAGAAUUGCUGCCUCACGACGGAUGCUUGCCGAAAUCUACAGAACAUUCUCUUCCAACUCGGCCUCGAGGCCUGGGCCAUUCCGGUUUUGCACCGGCACGCCGAACUUUUACGAGAAGCUGACUCGAACCCAGGGCGGUCGUUCAGCAGCGCGUUUCUCCACCUCGAGCAAACUUUGUGCGGCAUGCGCCUUGCACGAGCGUUCCACGGUUGCGAGAGUGCGACGCCUGAGGAGCGCGCUGCGCUACCAGCGAUGAGCUCUGUAGUCGAUUCUACUUUGGAGUCGCUCGGCAAGUUGAUGUCUUCGCUACUAGGGCGCGGGUGUGCGUCGGCGCACGUGCCCGCAGCGGGGCGCGAAGCCGACGCAACCUCCUCGUUCUACGUUGAGCGGUUCCAGCAGGCUUCCGCCGCCAAGCUUUUCGCCGAUCUCGCAGAGGAGUUCUACGUUUGGGGCGAAAGCCGAGCAGCCUUCGAGUUCGCCAACGCAGCGCUGCAGACAGCCCAGAAUGAAGACCCUACAGACCCCGACGUGGUCGUUCGAGCGGCGGGUUGCCUCGGCGCACUGAACUGUGUGGAGGAGGCCGACGCUCCUGCGCUCGCCUUUCUGAAGCGGGCUCUGAAUGGUGGAGCGUGUGACGGGGCUUCAGCGUCGACUCUCGCGGCCGUGGCAGAAACUCUAGCAUUGGUUCGUUUUCGCCCUGGGAAGUCGGCACUUUUCGACGAUCUGCUCCACGGCACCCUGCGCGCACUCGAGGAAGGCGACCAGUGCAGUCGCAAGAAAGAGCCGCAUCGCGCGGGAGCAAAGAGGUUCAGAAGUGAUCUGUCGGUCGACUGCAGCCGACUCAAUGGCGAAGCCUCGAUCCGUGCAAAGAUUUCCGGAGAGACACUGCUGGAAGAAGAAGAGGCGUGGUCGAGCCCCGUGCUUCAGAGUUUGUGGACAGCGCGGCUGAAGCUGCUGGCGAUCAAACGGGCGGUAGCUGAUCAAGAAAACAGACUGAGAGUUUACACCCCGGCCGACAUCCUCGACGUGCUCGCCAACACGGUUCUCUCGGAAGUCCAGGUUGUAGUGGAUUCCUUUUUGGCGUCUCCGUUGCUGAGUUUCAUCCUUCCCCACCUGGUUCCCUUGUUCGUCAAGAUGUGUGACGUGGCCGAAAUCCUCCUUCAAGACCCAGUGGGGUCGGCUGGUGAAGGCCUUCAGCAACCAACCCGAGCGGCUUCGGUUCGCGGCGCAGGAUUCCACACACCUACCUACAGCCAGGAACUCGAUGCGCUUCUCUCCCGUCUCCGGCGCAUGGCUGCUGUGAUCGGAGACCGGAUUGUUUUGCCAAGCCUUCGCCACAACGUCCGUCUUGAGCCGCCGGAGAUGCUGUCAUCGCUGCACCAAUCCGUGAAGUUCUUCGGCGUCGUUCGGGCGCGCUUGGAGCGCCUUUCCUGCUACACACAGCUGCUAGAUCCUGCCUAUCUGACUGUUUCCACGUGCCCGAUGACGCCCCACUCCAUGUGUUCGCUGACCGGAAUGGCGGAGUUUCUGACGGCCUCACGCGAAAAGAGCGCCGUCGACGACUGGCUGAGGAAGAGUGCUCGGCAGUUGGAUCAUCGCGCCGGCCAACUCAAGGACGCGAGGAGGCUUCUGCGCCGGGCUCUCGACAGCCUGUCCGAUCUGUGCGCGAUGCCGUACCAGGCUUUAAAGGAACAAGCCGAGAGAGAAAUCGCUGAGCUCCGGCGGCAGGUGCUGCAAAGUGUACGAGGUGUUGGCCACGCUCCCGUUUUCAGUUUGAACGAAAUGGAGACAUCCCUCUUAAGUGAAGUAGCGCUGCUCAACCUGUGCGUUGCUCAUGCUGAUCAAGAAGUGCUCCAUAUGGAGAAAGCUGGCGAGACGGACACGGAAUUUGUCCUUCAGCUGUGGGAUACCGACAUUCUAGCAUCGGGCAGUCGCGUUCGGAUGGAGAUCGAGGACUAUCGAACUUUUUUGGUGGAGGUCUCAGCAGUGCCUCCCAAGGGGAAAGGCCAAGCGGGAAAUCCGCCGGCGUCGCGCGUUCCGCCGUGGCAGGGGACUCCUCUCCGAGCGCCGGUGGAGAGCAGUCAGUUUUCGGCGGCUCUCAAGGAGGUUGAAAACUGCUUCUUCUACUGUCUUGCUGCUCGAAUGUACGAUCGAGCCAAGGCGAUUGGCCAUACGCUUCACACUUAUGGCGGCGGCAACACCAGCAACGACAGCGUGGAGAGAACCUUUCACUCCCUGACAACUUUGCAGGCGCUCCAGACCGUCCACCGCGCCGAAUGGAUCCAUCAGAGUCUUUCGGAUCCAACGGUGUUGGAAAACGUUUUCGGGGAUGAACUUCGGCGCCUGCAGAAACUGUGGGCACAUCCGGCCGGACUCGAGCGUGUCCAGCAGUUGGAGGCGAAAAGCCCGUUUUGGCGAGCUCAAAACAGCGUAUGGCAACUGACAUCCCGAAUGAUUCUUCAGCAGAUCUGUCCUCGGCAGCUGUGCGUGGUGUCGCUCCAGUGCCUGGACCAGUCUUUGUACUUGGCGGCAGCUCUCACUCUGCAAGGACUCGAAGGAGGGGAGGGAGGCGCCGAGUCGGUCUGUUACUUUGUCGAAAAAGUCGCGCUACCUCCGCAGCUGAGAAUGGCCGACGUAGACUCCGAGACUCCGAACCCGCACAUCGAAGCCAUUCUGGUGCACUUGAUGAAAAACCUCGAGCUAAAAUUGCAUCGCGCUUCCCUUUACGAGCGCGCACAAGCUUUCCAGGAAAACAGACCGAGCCGAGAAUGCCAGCCGCAACACCUUUUGUUGCUGCUAGAUCCCUGUCUCGUCCCGUUUGCGUUUGAGAAGUUCGAUGUUACCGUCAAGCUCUUUGGAUCACGCGUUUCGAGAGACUACAGUCUUCACUUUUUCGCCCACCGAAUGCUUCAGGCUGAGGGGGCCUUCUCUACACCCAACAGACGAUCGGUCUCAGACAUGAACCUAAGUUUCGCCAAAGAAAGCGUGAUCGUGCUAGCUGACCCUGCCACGGAGGAAGGCGAGUAUGAGGAGCGGCUUCCGUCUUCUCCAACAGGUCAACAAAAGAGCAAUGAUCAGGCAGCGGCGGCCCACGACUUGAUCGCCUCCGAUCGUCCAAAUCACUGUGCAAGGUACACCACAGAGGAUUUCAUCGACUGCAUAUGCACACAGAGUCCUCAAGUUGUGUGGACUCCGUCUAUUGAGCCGGUCUUACGGACCAGCAUCAGUUCGUCGCGGCUGCUGGCCCUGGACUUGAGUCAUCUGAUGUUGAUCGGAACCCUUGACUGGGACUCCCACAAGGCCGCCAUGCACGGUUUGCCUCGGCGCUCUUCAAAAAUAAAGCAGAAAAUACCAUUGACAUGGAGCGAUUGUGACUUGGUGCUCCUCCUUUCUCUUCAAGGGGUCAGCGCCAUUGUUUUGAAUGACUACUCGUCGCCAGAGGCUGCCGUCAGACAGGGAGCGAGAACUCUCAGCGAACUGCUCAUGACCCAGCAAACACUGGCAAGCAUUGCCACCUCCCUUGAGCCGAGUUUGCGGAACCUUGACAAAAAGCGCAGCGGCGGCGCUGCCACAUCAGACACGCAUUCCGGGUCCGACUUCAGGAAAAAAUCUUCUGUCGGGAGUGCUGCGGGCGCAACGGAUCUAGGGGCUAAAAAGCAAAGCGGCGCGCCCCGAGACGUAUCUGCGGACCUCCCAUGUGCACGGGACAUUCCUGACGCGCGGUCCCUCCCUAGUGUAGCAGUGCUCUACGGUAUUCCGUGGAUCACAUCGAGUCACCCGGGUAAAUGGCAAGCGAAAGGAGACCACGGUAGUGGUGGAGCUUCAAAAGCAAAGCCCAAGUCGUGA